UCCAAGCAGACAAACUGAAACGCACUACUGGAUUACCCUUUUUUGGUGUGCCUUAGGUGGUUUGAUAUUGGGUGGAAUUGUUGUAAUUUCAUACUGGAUAAGACGAUGCAGGACACUUGUAGCGAGGUCAACCAGCCGGCAUCGCCGCAUCCGGAGCCGGAGCUCAUCAUCAGCUGCCACCGGGAUCAGCGGAAUCAGUGCGAUCGGAAUAAUCUCCAGGGCGAAAGCAAAGUCAUCACCCGAUCACAAUCAUCGGCGUCGACCGCGCCGCAUGCUCCAGUGCAUCAACUGAAGCAGCAGCAAUCUCUGCCCACGCCCCUAACGCAGCAGCCGGGCCACAAUCCGCACCACAAUACCCACGCCCCCAAGUCAGUCUCGAUCCUGGUCUAUAAGACCCUGAACACGGUCUUUAAGAGCAGCCGCAAGAUCAUCGUUCGUGUGUGUGAGGUGGCCAGCGCCAAGAAGUCCUUCACCAUGUUCAAGUUCAACAAGGCCGCCCAGCAGCAGCGGAUCGAUAACCGGAACAGUGCCGUCACAGGGCACGAUCCUUUCGUCCGACCACCAGUGCCCGAAAAGAAAGUGAGAAACAUUAUGAAGAAGCUGCACAAGGCGAACGGCCUGAAACGCUCCAACUCAGCGAUCGAGUUCGAUGUCUCGGCCCUGACAGCUGCCAAUCGCCGCCAGAUUUAUAGUAGCAAUCGGUCGGCGAGCUCGGAGCAAGAUAACUCAGAUCUAUCCGAACACUCGGAGAAAUCGCCGCUGGUUAGCGCGAGGUUAGACAAUCUAGCUAGGCUCUUCUUUAGCAAGUCGAUGCCAGCGGAAACCGGAAGUAGAGAUACCAUAGAUUCAGUACUGACAACAAGGCCCAACAUAAAGUAUCAGUACUCCGCCUUAGACAGUGGCAAUGGGAUCGUGGAGCGAAGUCCCAGGGAGCGGGCUCAGAGGGAGAAGGCCCUGAAUGCCACUCAAGAAUGGAUUCAGAGUGCCAAUGGGCGCUACGAAGUGAUCGCCCACCUGGAUGAGAUCGGUUCAAGGCAUGGCAAGAACUGGUUUCUGGUCACAGAUGCAUCGGUCCGCACUGAUCGUCUGCUGACUCUGCUACCUCUGCCCCCCGAUUGCGUGGCCUUCGAGGAUCUCCCGCCCAACGAAAGUGCCAGGGAAAUACUCAUGGAGCUCCUGGGAUCGCUGCAUCAUCCGUACAUAUAUCCCGUUCUGGAUCUGGGAUUUUUGCAGAGCAGCUCGUAUAACUACGCAUGCCUGGUGACGCCCUUUAACUCGCGGGGCAGUCUCAAAGAUCUCAUAUACAAGGCACAGUGGAACGAGCCGUGGGUCAGGAAGUACACACGUAAGCCAAAUGGCUUACCGGUGAGCCAGGUGCAGCGCCUGGGGCGACAGAUCCUGGAGGCACUGCUCUUCCUGAAGGAGCGUGGCUUUCCGCUUCACGGUCACCUGCACAGCGGCAAUGUCAUCCUGCAGAACGGGGCCGCCAGGUUAUCGGGCCUGGAGAAUGGCCUCCUGGGCCUCAGUUCGCGCAUUAAUGCCGUCAUGUGGUCCCGCUCGGUCACCGAUAUCGAGAACGUGGACAUCGUCUGCUUCGGCCACCUGCUGUACGAGAUGUGCACGGGCCAGGAGCUGACCACCCCCAAGCCGUCCAUGCGGGUGCUCGAGAUGGAGCUGCAACACUACCCACAAAUUGGCCAGAUUCUGGAAAUAUUAGGUCUAAUCUUUGAGCCGCCUAGCGGUGUCUGCCCCUCCGUUGAGGACCUAGUCCUUUGCGAUCUCUUUCGCAGCAUCGAUUUGCGUGAGCUGCGCGGUCCGUGUUUCAGUACAAUUAAGCCGAGCCUCAGCAGGUCCACCCUGAACCUGCUGCAAGCGGUGAAGAAGCGCCAAUGCGCCUCCCUGGGUCAUUCCCUCAGUGAGGCCAACUCGCCCUGCACGCCCCCUUCGACGCCGCACGAUCGACGCACUGGUAUCAGCCGAACAAUGGACUCAUUUGACAUAUCAAGCGAUUCGGAGGAGGGUCUCCUCGAGGAGAUUGUCGUCGGUGGGAGCUGCCAUCGGCAGCACUUGCUCCGCCUGCAGCAGUGGCACUCCGCCCACUCGUAUGUCCACUCGUAUGCCUCAGAGUCGCCCAUCCACUAUUGUGACCCUGCGGCCCUCUAUUCGGAUGAUAAUGGCCAGGAGCCGGGUCUGGAUCCCCAGCCGCCAACAAUUCGCUGUAGUACCAGCAGCCAGAGCAACCUGGAUGUCCUGCUCGCCGAGGGAGCCGUGGCCGAGGUCUAUGAGGAGCAGGAUAAGGAGCAGGAGGAGGCGGGGGAGCAGGAAUUUGAGCCUGAAGAGGAGGCCAGUGGCUCGUCGGGAGCUCAGAGGCUGCAGGCACCAGCCUGCACCUCAUCGGCUGCUGGGGCAUCUUUCAACCACCAACUCACUGCCGAUAUGUGCAACUACAAGAACUCGAAGAGCAGGAGGCUGGAGUACUCCCUCAAGUGCCUGAAGUACGGGCGCAGCAAUCCCUCCCAGGACUCGGCCUUUGGCUCGCUGACCGACAACGACCUGUCCAUCGGUUCGUCCAGCAUUCGCUUGAGCAGCUUCCAGUCCAUUUCGUCGCCCAUUGACGAGGGUGUGGAGGAUGUCAUUAUAGCCACCACCACGGGCGGCAAUGAAACCUGCCUGGAACUGGCCACCAUUCCCAGGAGCAUGGUCUCCCAGGACUCAGCCAUAUCCUCGCCCUGUCGCGAGAGUUCCCCCAACAAUUUCCUGCACAUCGAUGAUGCUAUGUCGGGAACGGGUUCUACUUCCUCGGGCUCGAAUUGUGGCUCCUUCGGAAACAUACGUCCCCAGCAGUUUCCCGUUUCGCUCUCACCGAAGAUUUUGGUCACUGCCACCAGUAAUUCGAGCAGUUCUUCCUUGGCCUCCACCAGUAAUGCAGGUCAAGGUCAAGGUCAGGCCCAGGGUCACGGGCAGGGACAUCCCCAGCAGCAGCAGUUCGAUCCGCCCAAGAUCCUGGUCAACGAUCAGAACUCCAUCUACACCACAUCGCCCUCGAAGCGAUCGGGGAUGAUAGAGGUGUUCUCACAAAAAUACAGGUGUCCCUUCCAGGUAAGCUCCUUCGAGGACAUGUCCCCGAAGAGGACCUCCGAUAAGCAGCACCUGAAGCACGUGAAUCGGCUGGCCUUUCGGUCCUUGGAGGAGGAGCGUCGGAUCGAUAAUGCCUUUCUGCCGAUGGCAGAUCGCACCCACUCGGACAAUCGCGUGAAUAUGCAGAGCGAGAAGUACAAGAAGCUCACACACGCCUCCUUUCGCAUCAGCAAAGGUCAAGGUCAGGACUCGCCCACGGCCACGCCCACCAGCCAAACGCCCCCCAGCCAGCCGGGCAAUUGCAUUGAGAUGCAGCGAACCGGAAGGCAGACCCUCUGGCGGGAUAGCAAGUUCUAUCGGAAGAACCGAAUCGCCAAGAGCAACGACUCCCUGAUGGAGAACAAUCCGUCGCCCAGGAUUUCGCCCUGCUCCUUGCGGGAUAAUCAGUACGAGAGUCGGAGCAGUUCCCAGGCCAGCCGGAGAUCAUUGAGCGGCAGCCAGCAGAUGUUGAGUGUGACCACCAGUUUCUGCGGCAAUGGCAGUGGCUCGAGAAAUUCGGCCAGAUAUUGCAGCUCCAAGAGCGAGGACCUGGGCGAGUCCUCCGAUUAUCUGAGGGUCAUGGAUGCCCGGAAAUCGUACUCCGAGCGCCAUCUGGUGCGACUCAAGCAGACGGCCAUAAACAACACGCACAGCGAGGACGAGAUCAGCUUCAACGAGGACAAUAAUCCAACGGUAUCAUCGCAGGGUCAGGGGUUACGGCAAUGCGGCAACCAGUACAAUCAGAAGGAGCACCAACACCAGCACCAGCACCACCAGAAGCACUAUCAGGGUGGCAGGUGGAGCAGCAGCUGCUCCAUUGGCGGCCACCUGAAGACGACCAAUAUUAAGACCACCUCGCUGUCCGCCCAGUCCAGCCAAUCGAAUUUAGUGGCCACCACCUCAGCAACUGCCGGCUAUCGCACGCCCUCCAAGUCCCUCGACCAGAGCAUCGCCACCAUCGCCAUCCCGAGCACCAACAUUGUCCAGAAGAGCACCACCACCACCACCACCAGUAGUGACAACAGCAGCAGCAGUGCCACCAGUUCGGUGGACGAGUCCCCAUCGAGAUUGACCCUCAGUGGGGCCGAUCUCUCCAGGAUCUUCGUGAUGGACAUGGACGAUGCCCCGGGCAGCACUUGCAGCGAGGAGAAGACCCCACUUCUGGACAGUGUGGAAAUGUCCCCGAUCAGUCCAACCGAUCCGGAGGAACCCGACCUCGACAAGCUCUAAGGGGCAUCCUGAUCACACUAUAUACACUAUACGCACAUACAAACACGUUUUGAGCAGCCGAAAUGCAAAGCAUGUGAUAAAGAAACCAAAUAGAACAGAAAUCGAACGGGGAACCAUAAAGUUAUAGAACUACUAGGCUAGGUAUGAGAUGGCAAAGUGGGGAAAGUGUCACAAAAGAGUUUUCGGGAGGGAAGAAGGGACUUUCAAAUAAACGCUUCAAAAUUGUUUAACUAUUCAAAUCAAGAGUUAUGCCAGAUUUUCAAUAGAAACAACAAUAUUUGAAAUAUUUCUAGUAACAAACAAUAAAGUUAAUCCAAUUAAAUUCUGUAUUCAAGUUUUCAUAAUGAUUUACUCAAGUAUGUUUCGUAAGCUUAUAUAAUUUUAAACUUAAUCUCUUUCGAAAAUUUGUUAUGACACUUUCCCCACUGCCAGUGUUGGUUAAGGUAAGGCAAUUAUAAUCUUGGUUCGACACAAACAUGUACACCCACUCACUCAGAAACAUUUUAUUGGGCUGCUCCCGCCUUUGCUAAAUCCACACUCAAAGCUUUCUUCUGGUAACAAUAAUAUUUUUCUCUUUAUAUUGAACUUUAGCCGGUUGCUUUUACAGCAAUUCGAAAUUAACUAGAAUAUCUCUUCACUGAAGCUAAUCUCUAGACUGCUAAGCCACGAAACAACACAGAAUAAAAAAAGAGGGAAAACCAUCCUGCUGAUAAGUUGGUUUUUUUUAACAAAAUAAAAGGGAAACCCGUUUUCAAAUUAUACGGAAAUAUACACUUUACUUGGUAGUUCAUUGAAUAGUUAAGACUUAAAAGCUUCGCAGCUUGGCGCAUUAAAAAUGUUUUACUGUAGCCUAAAAUCGUUUUAAGCUCCCAAGGGGGCCUGUUUUAAAUAUAUAUUAUAAAAAAUAUAUUUUAGGGGAAUAAAACCAGCAAAUAAAAUAAAGGAGCAAACAAAGCCAAAGAGAGUUUACCCAUUAAAUAAAAUUUAAUGGCAAAUCCAAGGCAGCAUUGGAAGUAUACAAGAUAUAACGAACGAGUUACGAAUUCUUUAUUCAGUUUCCUUUUGUUCAGAAAUACCGCAUUAGCCAGCACUUCAAUAUCGCAACGGAAACAUAAAUUUUACCCCAUAAGAGUUAAACAUUAUCGUAUGAAACCGUAAACGAUAAAACAAUACAGAAAUGCAAUCAAAUUUACUAAGAUAUCGCAAACGAAAAUAUCACAAAAGCCACACACAAUCGAACACAAAAUAAAUAUACUCACUAAAGGUCAUAUAUAUAGAAGGUAAUAUUAGACGCACGCACUUAACUAAGACGAUCCAGAUUGGAAACCCGAUCCAAAACCCAGCCCCACCCAAUCUAUUCGAACAACUCGACCUUAGUUUCAUUAUUCGUAGUUGAUGAACGCGUAGAACAUUGUUUACGGGACCCUCUAGAAUGUAUAUUGCGUAAGUUUAUUUUGCUUGGAAUUGUUUGUGUAUACACGUAUGUACUCCCCAAGUAUCCCGAAAAUUGAAGAAGCCCUUGAGAACUAACAAAUAAACGAGAAAACAAUGUA